AUGCUUUUCUCUACCCGCCUAGUAGCAUUGGCUGCCCUUGCAGGCUUCUCCUGUGCCGACCAGGCUCCAUCAUCUCCUAUCAAACAAGGUCAGAAGUAUGGUCCCAGGGUCGGGCCAUCAGCUCCUCGAGCGGCCGUCUCGUCGCACUCAAUUGAGCAGCGCCAGGUCCAGCACCAUCUCAAUGACAAGACUGCGCCCUUCGCAGUGAACGGGAGUGCAUUGCCGGAGGUUGAUUUCGACAUUGGCGAAUCAUAUGCCGGCCUGCUACCAGUCGACGAUAGCAAAGAGCUAUGGUUCUGGUACGUGCCGACAGAGAACCCCGAUGCGAGCGAGGAGAUCCUGAUAUGGCUCAAUGGAGGGCCCGGAUGCUCGAGUCUGGACGGUUUCUUCAAGGAGAAUGGUCCAGUCACUUGGAUGUCUGGCACCUAUCGGCCUGUAAAGAAUACUUAUGCAUGGAGCAAUCUGACGAAUGUCGUGUGGAUCGAGCAGCCAGUUGGUACUGGAUACACACAAGGCACACCCAACGCGACCAAUGAAGUCGACGUCGCUGCCCAAUUCUUACCUUUCUGGAAGAACUUCAUGGAUCUUUUCGACCUGCACGGUCGCAAGAUCUACGUCACCGGAGAGAGCUACGCGGGGAUGUACUGUCCGUAUAUAGCCGAUGCUAUGAUUGCGGAGAAUAACACCGAAUACUUCAACGUCGAGGGCCUCAUGAUCUACGACCCGAGCAUUGGUCCCGAUGCCAUUACGGAGCAGGUGCCUACUCUUGCAUUCACUGAAUUCCACCAGAAUGUGUUCCCGUUCAACGAGAGCACCGUGUCCACCCUCAAGAACAUCAGCGCGACCUGUGGCUACGAUGACUUUAUGGAGCAAGGCCUCAAGUUCCCGCCUGACGGUCCGUUCCCGUCGUCUCCAGGCCUCUAUGCCAAUGGCUCAUUCAACCCCGACUGCGACAUCUUCGACUAUGCUUUCAGCGCCAUCUUCGAGAUCAACCCGUGCUUUGACAUCUACCAGGUCGGCCAGCUCUGCCCACUGCUCUGGGACGUCCUCGGCUUCCCUUACUCUGGCUUCUACUUCCCACCCGGCGUCACCGAGCCGUACUUCAACAGGACAGAUGUCAAGAAGGCAAUCAAUGCCCCUGAACACGCCAACUGGAUGAUAUGCACCGACAUAGAUGUCUUCCCUAACGGCGACGACUCCCCUCCAUCCGGCGACAACGGCGGUCCGCUGGGCCGCGUGGCAGAGCAUACGAACAACGUGAUUGUCGCCCAUGGUCUGCUCGACAUGGUGCUCAUCUCCAACGGCUCCCUGCUGACACUCAACAACCUCACUUGGAAUGGUGCGCAGGGCUUCACGACGCCACCAGAGAACGACUUCUAUGUGCCAUACCACUACGACGCCUCGCUCGAGUCUGUCUCCGGAGCGGGUAUUUUCGGCAAGUGGAUGACGGAUCGCGGGCUUACUUAUGUCGAGAUUGAACUUGCUGGCCACAUGGUCCCGCAGUUCCAGCCUGCUGCCGGGUAUCGGAACCUUGAGUUUUUACUGGGUCGUAUUAGUAAUAUGAGUGAGGUGUCUUCGUUCUCGACGCAGCCGGACUUUAAGCAGCCAUCGUUUGAGAGCCAUGUGGAAUUGAGAUGA